AUGUUUGCAAAACAAUCCGCACUCAUAGCAUCGACAAGUUGCAUAGGCUGCAUCGUCAACGCCCUUCCUGCAACCGUAGCCAACUCCAUCAUUUGGUAUCAGUGCGACCAGAAUAGCACGAUACCCUACACUUGCGGGAAUCUGACAGUCCCUUUGGACUAUUCUGAAUCUAACUCGAAUCAGACAUUCACUCUCUCUCUAACCAAAGUCAAUGCAACAACCCAACCUUCAAUGGGUAGCAUUAUUUUCAACCCAGGCGGCCCUGGCGAGACCGGAACAGAUUUUGUCACUGACUUAGCUGGUCCCCUACUCAUUGGAACGGGCGCUACACUUCCAGUUUCCUGCUACGAGAACGAUGCGGAUCGAUUACUUGCUUAUCUUCGAACACCAGUAACAACGAAUACAUCGGACACUGCAUUAGGGACGAUGUGGGCUGUCAAGCAGAGUCUAGCUCAGGUCUGUUACGAGAAUGCACACGAAAUUGGAGACCUUGUAGGAACUGCAUUUGUCGCUCGAGAUAUGAUGCAGAUUGUCGAUGCGCUUCGAGAAGAUGGCAUGCUAAGAUUUUGGGGUUUCUCAUAUGGAACUCUCUUAGGAGCAACUGUGGCAGCAAUGUUUCCUGACCGAAUGGAUAAAGUGGUGCUGGAUGGCGUGCUAAAUCCUACGCAAUACUACGAGGGCCGCGACAUUCAAGAACUUGCCACGAGUGACGCAAGUUUCGCUGGAUUCUUUAAUGGCUGUCUCGCAGCUCCGCCAGGUAGCUGUGCCCUGGCACGUCCAAAUGUCACCGCAUCUCAGCUCGAGCAAGACAUUCUUGACUUGCUGUACGAUCUGAAAUAUAACCCAAUCGCUGCUGCCCCAGCUGAGGCGACAACAAUUGUUGAUUACGGGGCACUAAAAUCGGCAAUAACGCUCAGUCUCUACGGUCCCAGUUACUGGCCAGGCCUAGCUGUUGCUUUUGAUGGCCUUCUUCAAGGUAAUGCCUCAGCGCUAGUUGCAUUUGUAGGAUCUGUGCGGUCCUCUACCAGUCUGAAUCUGAUUGAAGUCAAUGCCGCGAUCCGCUGUGGAGACAAUUCGCUUAGAGGCAAGUACUUGAAGGACGUCCUUCCUGUUGUGGAUGCGCUCUACAAUGAGAGCUUCAUCCUCGGUGAUAUCGAGGCUCAAGUCACGCUCACGUGUGGAACCUGGCUUAUGCAAGCCAAAGAGCGUUAUGAGGGCGGCUUCAACGAAAUCCACACCAAGAAUCCGAUCCUCUUCGUAGGAAACACAUACGAUCCCUUGACGCCUCUUGUCUCAGCUCAAAACGCCAGCGCAGGGUUUUCAGGAAGUGUGGUCUUACAACAUGAUGGCUACGGUCACAGUUCCCUUGCACAGCCGUCUCUUUGCACAGCGAAGACGAUUCGAGCGUAUUUCGUCAAUAGUACAUUACCUGCCCCAGGGACAAUUUGUGAGCCUGAUGUCCCACUAUUCUCAAAUGUGACGAUGCUGGAGGUUCUUGCGCCUAUUGCCAACUUGACGAAGAGAGGCUUGAACACGGAGGAUGAUGUAGCCCUUCUAACGGCCAUGAAACGCUUGAGCGGGAGAGUGGACAUGAGCAGAGUCUUUUGAAGACGUGAACACUGUAAUAAUAUACCACAUGGCUUGUGGAGCUUAAGUUGAGGCAGGAGCGUUG